GCGUUUGCAUCGUUGGGUUAGGUUGUCGAGAAUGGAUUCAGAAGGGGAGGACAUCAAAGUGAGGAUGGAGAGGGAGUACAAGAGCACAGAAGAGCCGAUGUUCUACCUCGCAAGUCUAAACACUGCAGAAAAAGAGAGAAUCCGAAGAUUUCACACCUCGGAAAGUGGUUCGCACCAAGCAUGCGGUUAUCUGUACAAAGAGAUCGAAGCAGCUUCUGAUCACGUAUGGAAGGUACUUCGGCAAUUCGACAAACCUCAAAUCUACAAGGAGUUUCUCGUGGGAUGCAGCAUGAUCGAGGGCGACGGAACAGCCGGAAGUAUCAGACAUGUUCGGCUGCAAACAGGACUGCCCGGUAUUGAUAGCAUCGAACAACUUGAACUGCUUGACGAGGAGAGCAAAGUUCUAAGUUUCCGCAUUCUCGGAGGUGAACACAGAUUGCGAAACUACAUCUCAGUGACCUCCGUGGCUGACAGGACCUUAGUCAAUGGAAGGCAGGGUUCUUUGGUAAUUGAAUCCUACAUCGUCGAUAUCCCGGAUGGAAAUACGGGUAAUCAAACUGUCGCAAUGGUGAACACUCUCAUCAGAACCCAUUUGAUUUCACUAGACAGAAUUACGACCAUGGAGCGGCGAGAGCCAUUCCAGCCCUUGAAUCCAAGUUUCAAAUCUCCAACCUCAACAUCGAGUUGUUAAGCAAGCUCAUCUGUCCGAGGUUUUGAAUCGUACGGCUGCGAGGAGGCAACGGGGAGGAAAGACGAGACGUAAACGAAUAAGCAAUGAGCAAUCUGCGGAGCCUGCGGAGCGUAUGGAAAGGCGGAGAAGGAGACAAAGGCAACAGGAUUGUAGUUGAAUCUAGGAGGAGAUGUGUAAGAUGAGAGGAGCGGAACCAACGUUUAUGGAGGAAAUAACUAUUAGCUCCCAUGGUUAUUGAAAGAGGUAAAGUGGCAUCUCCAUCAAGUUGAUGUAAGUAGGAUAGAUAGAUAAUUGAGCACUUGCACUACUUUUUGGUUUGAGGUGACAAAGUUUUGAAACAGCUAUUGGAGCAGUUGACUAAUAUGAUGGACGCUCCUGUUGCUUCAAAGUAGAUGUACAAUGCCUAGAGUAUCCAAUGUCAACAAAAUAAUGUGCAUCUAUAAAGUAUAUAUAGUAAAGGAUUUCCCUUG